AUGGGAUGCCAGUUUAUACCUGAGAUGGAUGGAUCAUCUUUCUCCGAGACCUUUUCGAUCAAGACUCUCGAAAGUGACUCCACCCUGAACGUCGAGUGCCGUUGGAGAUUCUCGCCCCCUCUCUUGCCUAAGAAAGUUAACGGAAAUGCACAUCCGUACUACAAAUCUAUCGAUCUCAUCCUGAAUAUCACAUCCUCGGAGAAGGCCGAGACGAAUGGCCACACAACCAAUGGAACUGAGGGUCUCGCUGACUGUACUGAUACGCCAUUGGGGACUAUCAUCAACAAAUGUGUGACACCAAAGCUGCCGUACGCCGAGAAUAGCAGACCAAAUCGCGCCAUCGAGGCUCUGAUCAAGGUAUUGUUGGUCCCACGCAAUGGCUAUCUCUGUCGACGUGAUAUUCUGCAGUUGAGAAUGGUACAUUCUGACUGUGUCGAAUCCGUCAUUCCCCUCCAAGUUGAGGAUAAGCCCUACCCCGCGGCACUUCAAACAGAAACCGAUCUUCUUUCUCUUUUACAGUCCUCCCCCGGAGCUUUGAUCUGCAAACCAUCCAUCCAAUCGGCUGAUGGCCUUAAAGUCUUUGACCUUGUCGAUCGGGAAGUCAAUGAGAGGCUUUCCUUUGACUGGAUACUCCCAGACAAAGCUACAGCACUGACCGUGGCAGUUGUCGGCGGUCGCCCUCUGUUUGAUAGCACAACAGGGGGGUAUGGUUCAGAGGGGCCCUUCGACGCGGCUAGAGCGCUUGGAAUAGCCGUCAUCGUCCUUGAUCGCCCUGGCCAUUUCAUGGAGGGCCCAAAGUAUAGUCAUCUGCGGGACGACUUUAUUGCUGUCGAUAUGACCAGUGACGACAGUUUGCCUGAACGUCUCACCGUAGCUGUCAAGAGCCGCAAAAUAGAUGGCAUCAUCACCUUUUCAGAUGAGUAUGUUAUCGCCACCGCAAAGGCAGCCGAAAUGUUGAAGCUUGAAACUGAGCUUGUCGAGUCAAUAAUCACCGCUCACUACAAGGAUGCGACGCGCAAGGUUCUUAAUACGCCUAAUAUGCAGUCUUUUCGAUUGGAGAGCGCCGCGGACUUGGAUAGUGAAGAGAUUUCUAAGACGUUGCAAAGUUUGAAGUACCCUCUGGUGAUAAAGCCGUGCCGUGGUGGCGCCUCCCGGGGUGUCAAGAAAGUUCAAAAUCACCACAAACUCCGAGAAGCAAUCGACCAGCUCGAAAGCGAUGGCCUCACGAAAUAUGGGAUCCUGCUCGAAACUUACAUAAGUGGGCCAGAGAUAGAUGCCAACAUUGCUCUCUGGAACGGUGAGCUUAUGUUUGCAGAGAUCACCGAUGAUUUCCCCUGCACAGCUGAUGCCAUCAAUGCUACUAUUGCGGACAACUUUGGGGAGACUGUCAUGGUAUCACCAACGCUGUUGAGUCAGAAGGAGCAGGAGCUGAUCAAGUCGUCUCUACAUCAAACACUGCUCAAACUUGGUUUCCGCAAUGGCGUCUUCCACGUUGAGGCUAGAGUCCAGAACUCAAGCAUGCGAUACCAGGAAAUCGACGGUCUUGUCGAUUUGGCUGAUACAGGCAGCCCGUCACCAGGCGUCCCUGAGGUGUAUCUCAUCGAGGUCAACGCACGCCCUCCGGGCUUAGACUGCGCAUUCUCAACCCUUCAUGCUUACGGGGUAGAUCUUUGCGCGCUACAGCUGCUCCAAUGCCUACGGGAUGGCGAUCGAUUCAAAGCGAUGUGUAAGCCUUUCUUAUCUGAGACACAGUAUUGGAGCGCGAACUGCUUGAUCCCUAUUCACCGCCAUAAUGUACUGGUACCGGCAGGGUUCUGUAGCAAAGUCCUGGAGAGAAUGCCAGACGUUGCUCCGUUAGUCUAUAGGUCCGAGCUGUUUAGACAGCCUGGCACUAUCGUGUCACCACCAUUGGGUGUUGAGUUUCUGGCUUAUUUCUUGGUCCAGUCCAGGACUGAUCGGCGAAAGGUGCUGCAGACCUAUCAUCGCCUCAUUCAAACUUGCAGGGACGUUGUGGAUGAGGUGUGA